AUGGCUAACAAAGCCACAUAUGGUGAAAUCUGUAAUAUAGGACCAGGGGAGUUCUUUAGACCAAAACCCCCUGACGAACAAGUACCUGUGGAACCAGAAGAACAGAGGUUGGACGCCAUAUACGACGAAGAGCCUCUGGGAUUUAAAAAAGAUCCAGUAAUGUCAAGUGCAAAGAUGUUAGCGCAAGAUCCUCUCGAAGAGAUCGAUCUCGGAGAUGGAAGUGCAAAAAGAAUUACCUACAUCAGUGCUAAACUGGACCCCAAGUUGAAAGUGAGAGUUAUUGAAUUACUAAGGAAGAACAAAGAUUGCUUUGCUUGGGAUUACGACGAAAUGCCUGGUUUGAAGAGGGACCUGGUCGAAUUAAAGUUGCCUAUAAAGGAUGGCAAGAAGCCCAUCAAGCAGACUCCAAGAAGAUUCGCACCAGAAAUCCUCACAAAGAUCAAAAAAGAGAAAAAUGGCUCUUUGCAAGUAUGUAUAGAUUUUCGUGAUCUAAAUGCAGCAACCCCUAAGGAUGAGUAUCCAAUGCCUGUGGCAGGGAUGUUGGUUGACUCAGCCGCAAGCUAUGAGUAUCUCAGCAUGCUUGAUGGAUAUUCUGGCUAUAACCAGAUUUUCAUCGUAGAAGAAGAUGUUUCUAAAACAACUUUUCGAUGUCCAGGGGCAAUAGGCACUUAUGAGUGGAUAGUCAUGCCUUUUGGCCUAAAAAACGCUGGGGCAACAUACCAGCGAGCGAUGAAUUCUAUAUUUCAUGAUUAUAUAGAAACAUUCAUGCAAGCUGGAGAUUUUCUGGGCUUUGUGGUCCACAAAAAGAGGAUAAAGAUCAAUCAGAACAAGACGAAGGCUAUUAUGGAGACCAAAUCACCAUCAACCAAAAAAGAAUUACAAUCAUUAUUAGGAAAGAUAAACUUCCUAAGAAGAUUCAUCUCGAAUUUAAGUGGUCGAACCCAAGCCUUCUCUCCCCUUCUGCGCCUGAAACAAGGGAAGUUCGAAUGGAAUGACGAACACCAAAAGGCAUUCGACAAGAUCAAACAUUAUCUGACGAAUCCUCCUAUCUUGGCACCACCAUGUGGAAAGAAGCCCAUGAGACUGUAUAUAUCAGCGUCCGACAUUACCAUAGGUUACUCAAAAAAUUCGAAGUUUUAUGUUCUUCUAGCCAUAGCCUCAGGGUAUAGAAUUUCAAAAGAAAAGCUAGAAGAACUUAUCGAAGUAAGAGGAAAGGCAAUGGCUGCCAUAUUAUCUCCGACAGACUUGGAAAGCACCCGGUUAGGGUAUGCUAACAAAGAGGAGUUUGAAGUUUUGGCCAUUGAUACCUUGAUAGAUACAUAUUGGAGGAAUCCAAUUAUUAAUUAUCUCAAGGACCCUUCGACAGACACAGAAAGACAAACCAAGUACAUGGCUUUAUGUUAUGUAUUGAUAGGGAAUGAAUUAUUCAAGAAAACCCCUGAAGGGAUCCUGUUGAAAUGCUUAGGAGAAAGCGAAACUUACUUGGCAUUAUCUAGUGUACAUAGUGAGGCUUGUGGAGCGCAUCAGGCAGGCCAUAAGAUGAAAUGGUUGUUUUUCAGAUAUGGAAUGUAUUGGCCCACCAUGUUAAAAGAUUGUAUGGAGUUUGCUAAGGGUUGCCAGGAAUGUCAAAUACAUGCAGGAAUUCAACAUGCUCCUGCAAGUGAACUUCAUACAAUUAUUAAGCCUUGGCCCUUCAGAGGUUGGGCAUUAGAUCUAAUUGGGGAAAUUAGACCCAAUUCAUCCAAAGGUCAAAGAUACAUACUUGUAGUAAUUGACUAUUUCACUAAAUGGGUCGAAGAAGUACCUUUAGUAAAUGUGGAUCAAGAAACUGUUAUCGAAUUCAUUCAAAGGCAAAUUUUAUACAGAUUUGGAAUCCCAGAAAGUAUAACAACAGAUCAAGGAUAA